AUGCAGGUGCUAGAUAAGGGCAGACAAAGAAUAAUACGGCCGGACGGCGACCGACGGCUCAAGUUGCCCCUUGACCUCCGCUGUGAAGCAGCUCAGACGCUGUCUCCCGUCUCCAGGCAUGUGAAGGCCAAGCCGUGGGAAGUUUGGAGGGGCAUUCCCAGUAGUGCCAGGAAUCCCUGGCGCAGCUCACGGGAAGACGACAGGGCUUUGGCGGGGUCGUCUUGGCAUCCUCCAUAA